CUCUUCUCAUUCCGCAAUGUUGCAGGUACUGGAGUGUAGUAAAAACUUGGCUCAGUCAGAACUAGCAACUCAACAAUCUACGCCCUACGAAACCGCGCCAGGCUCAUUAACAGAACUACAUGUUAUCGAAGAGCAGUUGCGCGCCGAUUUAGAAGCAGCAAAAGAAAAUGAAAAUACGCAAAAGGUGCGGGCCGACAAGCUACAAGCGAUAGUUGAAAAGCUGGAAGAAAUGUUGGAGAAAUUCAAUGAACAAGCACUGUCACAUUCACCGCUCAAAGGUGGUACAAAUGGAAACAAUGGUGGUCCACAUGCAGCGCCUCGCCAUAUACCAAGCAGCGUCGGUGACAUGCUGGAAAAACAGAACGAGAAACUAGAAGAUCGUCUGGCGGCUGUACGCGAACAAAUGAUUGUCGAGCGACAAGCGGCACGCACCGCUAAUCUUUCGUUAUGGAAAGUUGAGAAAAAAUUAGAAGAAGCGCUUACUGAAAGGAAAAUGACGCAAAGACGAAUGGAAUUGACUGAGGAGAAAAUGAAAAAAGUGCAAGCGGAAAAAGAUGACGCACUGCGUCAAUACAAAGAGGCACAGGGUGACACAAAACAGCGUGAUGAACGUAUACGCGAGUUACGCGAUGAGAUAAAUUCAUUGAAGCGCGAUGUGAUGAAAGAGCACCGCAUGUGGGAGAAAGCGGAACAAGAACGCAUGCAGUGUAAAUCGGAGAUUAUUGAACAUAUUUCCAAUGUGCAAAAGUUAGAGGAACGCCUAACAGAACUACGCCAAAAACAUCAGUCGAUUCAGCAGAAGAAUGAUGCACUAUCGCUGGAAAACAAACGCUUACAACGCGAACUCAAUGAAGAGCGUGACAGGUGCAAUGUAGCAUGUGAUGUAUCAACCCAAGUUAAAAUCGAGUUGAAAAACUUACAAGACAAUUAUGAGCGUCUCAAGUAUGCCUGCACAAUUACCGAUAACCAACUCACUGAAGUGGAAAGUAUGUUAGAAAGCGAACAAAAGCGUAAUACGACAUAUCAAGAGAAGCUUGAUAAUUUAAAUGUGACACUGCGUUCAAAGGAAGAUACCAUAGCACAACUUCGCAAGGAAUUAUCAGAAGAACAGGCAAAAAAGAGGGCUUCUGAGUCGCGUGUAAAUGCGCUCAGUGCUAAAAUGAAGGAAACUGAUGAAAAUUUGGCUGAGACACAGAAAAAGUUAAUAGCUCAGCAGCAACAAUUGAUGGAGCAAACUAACAAUUUGUUCCAAUCGCAAGAGCGCGUUGAAGUCCUCACCAAUGAGGCUUCCAGUUUGCAAGCAAUCAAUGAGAAUCUCGAACGGGAAUUGACUCUGUUAAAAGAAGAAAAUGCGCGCAUACUUUCUGAACUUUUCCAUGCCAAAGAAGAUUAUGAACGCUUGCAGCAGGAGCUUAGACACUCGCUUGCAAAUGCAAAUGAAUUACACACAGAAAUUGAAGAGCUUCAAGAAAUAAUGGCAGAGAAGGAGUCUUUCUAUGUGCAGCGCGACAUCAAAUCCGAAGCAACAUUAGCGCAGCACAAGAAGUUAAUUGAUUAUUUGCAAUUAAAGGUUGAAGAUUUAUCUCAAAAGAAGAAGCUAACAUUAGCAGAAAAAAUCUUUGGGAGUGGCGCACAUAGUAAUACUGGCAGAAAAGAGAAUAUAUCACCAGCCGCAGUUGAAGCAUCGAUAUUAUACCGCACAUUGCAGGAGGAGCUACGCCGUGAAAAGCAACGUUGCAAAACACUGCAGGAGCAGAUUGACAAAAUGAAUGAUGUCAGCAAAACCAUUACUAGUUCAACCGGCGGUAUGAGAUCACCUCUUAAAAGCCUUCCAAAAAAUGAAGAUAAUAUACAACAUGAUGGCGGUACAAAACCCGCAAGCACAUUGUCAAAAUCGCCAUGUAAACAAAGUCAGAAGGGUGGUAACGUAAUUCCCUCUAAUGCACACCAUAAUUUCAAGAAAGAAAGUCAAACGCAUCACCGUUUCGAGUUAGCCCUGCAAGAGACCAACAGUAGCGCAAGUAUUUGCAUUGCGUGCCAGAAGCCAUUAGUAGCCGGCUCACCGUACUGGAAAUGCAAAGAGUGCAAAGUUGCAGCACAUCGCAAAUGUCGUAGCGAUGUGCAAACACCGUGCGGAGAUGAAUCCAGCAAUGCUCCGGUACAUAACGCAAUUGCAACGAAGCACUGCGCUGAUCAAAGUGAUUUAGAUUCGCUUUCGAAAUACUCUUACGAGGGUAAAUUAGAUGACAUUGAAAAUAAAGCUGACUCUUCUUCCGACGCAUCGAAUGCCGAAUACGCCGGUACUUUGAUAUUCAGUGUAGAACAGCAACAUAAUGGUCCAAAUUCAGAGCCAUUGGAAGUCAAUUGUGCCUAUGAAAUCGAAGAUCAGAAGAUUGUGCUCUUGGGUUGCAAUACAGGUCUCUUCGCACUGCAUAUUCAAAAGCCACAGCGACUAAUGCACAUUGCGGGUAUCGAUUCGGUUAGCAGCAUAGCUGUUUCGUUGCCUCUGGCCAAAGCUGUGUUGGUUGGCGCACGAGGCGAGUCGUUGUUUCAAUGCGAUUUCCGUCAGCUGAUGUCACGAAGUCAAUCCUCAACGUCGUACGUGAAGAGCACUCUGGAAGCGUCUGUGCUAGAUUUGCCAUUUUGUAACCGCGCCACUAACGAAAAAUGGCAGUUGGUAAAGAUAUCAUCAGAAGCGGAGAAUGCAUUGGACUCGGUGGCCAUAGCUGCAACAUCAUCACGUAUUGUAAUUAUGCGUUACGAUUUAAAGCAGCAAAAAUUUACACCUGUGCGUGCACUAGAUACCGCUACACCCGUUUCGUCCAUUAUUUUUACGCGUCACACCGCCAUCGUUAGUUCGGAUAAAUUUUUCGAAAUCGAUUUGGAAACGUAUGCAGCAGAAGAAUUUGUUGACAUGGCAGAUCAAUCGCUGUCUCACAUACGCAACUGUCAGCCAGUUAUAGCCAUUCGUGUAUCGCGUCAAGAGUUUUUGCUCUGCUUUAUGGAGUGUGGUAUCUUUGUAGACGAAUACGGUUGUCGUUCCCGACCGUAUGAUUUGAAUUGGGAAUAUACUCCUACUGGUUUCAUAUACCGCGAACCAUUCCUCUAUAUUGCACAUUUCCAAUCGGUACAAGUGUUGCGGGUGUACCGCUCCUAUACAAAUCAGUUGGUUAGCGCUGGUGGCAAUAAGGAUUUGGAUGCAGAUGUCGACGACAGUUGCCCAGGCUUAAAGCGCAUUUAUUUCACGUUCUAUAUGCCCACACUGCUGGCAGAUAGCGGAAAAUUAAAUGUUUACAUGCUUGCCAUACAACGAAAUACCGGUUUACAACAGAUAUACCACCUGGAUGCAUUGCAGGCAUUCAAGCGAAAACUAAAUGAAUCGGUGGAGACGAUUUCAUCGAUGGCAACAUCUAUCACCGCCGGCUCCUUUGCCACAACUAAUCCUGAUAGCACCGAUUAGAUUUGUUCUAUUUUAAUACUCGUAUGUAUUAAUUGUCAUUAAAAUAUAUACACUACAUAGACACGAAACAUUUUACUGCUAAAAUACCACUAGUUUAUAAAUAUUUUAACGUUUUGAGUUUUUAUAUUUGAAAAUACUACAUAUGUACGUAAAUACAUAAAUAAAUAA